UGCUGUUUUCCCCCUCAUCAAGAGGUCAAACUUUAAAAUGUCCAAUAAUCGCCACGCAGCUACUUUGUUUCUCCGAACGCGAACAUGGACGAUGCCAUAGUUCUAUACCCCUGUGCAGGCAGAAGCCACCUGACCGCCAUGGUAGAGCUUGGCAAGCUCAUACUCCAACAUUACCUUCGUUUCUCAGUCACUGUCCUUAUCUUGAAAGCUCAAAACGCAGGUACUGCCUCCAAUCCCGAUUAUGUAACCAGCGCUACUGCCCAAUACAUCGCCGCCGUCAAAGCCACCACCCCAUCCAUCAACUUCCACGAGCUCCCCCCAAUCUCCGACAUCCCUUCCAAUACUCCCCACGCAGAGUUUCUCUUCCUACUCCCAUCCCUCAACAAUCCCGGUCUUCACCAAGCCCUCCAAACCAUCUCUCAGACCUCCAAACUCAAAGCCUUGAUAAUCGAUUUCUUCUGUGAUGCUGCUUUCCAAGUGGCUGCAAACCUUAGCAUACCCACAUACCAUAAAUACACAUCUAGCACAAGCACUUUAGCCCUAUUCCUUUACCGCCCCACCCUGCAUAAAUGCUAUGAUAAAAUAAAGGAAGAUAUCGGGGAUUCGCUUCUUGAUAUUCCCGGCUUACCUAGCAUCCUGGCGUCAGAUCUCCCGGAAAAUAUGUCGGAUCGUAGUUCCAAAUUGUAUGGGUAUUUCUUAACCGCGGCAACCAACAUGGCCAAAUCAAAUGGACUGAUCGUAAACUCUUUCGAACAGCUCGAAACAAAAGCUAUCAAGGCAAUAUCAGCUGGACUAUGUGUUCCAGAUGGACCGACUCCGCCAAUAUUCUGCAUUGGACCUCUGCUAUCAGGAAGCAAUCAAGGUGGAGAUGGACAGCAUGAGUGUUUGACUUGGCUAAACUCGCAACCGAGGCAAAGCGUUGUGUUUCUGUCAUUUGGAAGCAUGGGAUUGUUUUCGGCAGAACAAUUGAAAGAAAUGGCAGUAGGAAUAGAAAAUAGUGGCCAAAGGUUCUUGUGGGUGGUAAGAAAUCCACCACCAGAUAACAAAAAAGAGCCAAGGUUGGAUGAAUUAUUGCCGGAAGGGUUCUUGGAAUGGACCAAAGAUAGGGGUUUCGUGCUGAAACAAUGGGCUCCGCAGGUGGAGGUUCUGAGUCACGCAUCAGUGGGGGGAUUCGUGACACACUGCGGGUGGAGCUCGACGCUUGAAGCGGUGAGUGCUGGAGUGCCGAUGGUUGGGUGGCCUCUAUUUGCGGAGCAAAGGAUGAACAGAGUGGCAAUGGUGAAGGAAUUGAAGGUGGCGUUGGCAGUGAAGGAUUCGGAAGAUGGGUGGGUGAGUGGAGAGGAGUUGGGAAAGCGAGUGAGGGAGUUAAUGGAGGGGGAAGAAGGGAAAACGGUGAGGGAGAGGGUAGCGGCCAUGAGAGAUGCUGCUGUAGAAGCCUGGAGAGAGGGCGGGUCCUGUCGCAUUGCUUUGGCAAAGUUGCUUCAGCCGAGGCUUUCGUCGACGGAGUAAGACUGGUUGUGUUGACUUAUUGUCCUAAUCUUGUGCAUGCGAGUAAUUGUGUGGAUUUUCCAAAAGUCGUGGGAUGCUUUUGAGGUGUAAUUUCUUAAUUUCCAUGUAUAUUCUAAUUAAAGUCUUAAAAGCUUUAGAAGUUUUCUCUCCUUAAUUAAUUGUGAAACCAUAUUUCUUAUAA